CUUCAGAUGCUACAGUUCCAGUCACUUUAUUUCUGACAGCUGCAAACAUGGCAACAGUAGUCCAGCCGCUCACAUUGGAUAGAGAUGUGGCUCGAGCUAUUGAAUUGCUUGAGAAGCUGCAGGAGACUGGGGAAGUGCCAGUCCAUAAAUUACAGUCUCUAAGGAAAGUGCUACAGAGUGAGUUCUGUACUGCCAUCAGAGAGGUCUAUCAGUACAUGCAUGAAACCAUAACUGUUCAAGGCUGUCCUGAAUACCAGGCCCGCGCCACUGCAAAGGCGACAGUAGCUGCGUUUGCAGCCAGUGAAGGGCAUUCGCACCCUCGGGUGGUGGAGCUGCCCAAGACAGAGGAAGGCCUAGGCUUCAAUGUGAUGGGAGGGAAGGAGCAGAACUCUCCCAUCUACAUCUCACGCGUCAUUCCCGGGGGAGUGGCAGAGAGACACGGGGGUCUCAAGCGAGGGGAUCAGCUGCUGUCCGUGAAUGGAGUGAGUGUGGAAGGGGAGCACCAUGAAAUGGCAGUGGAGCUGCUUAAGGCUGCGAAGGAGAACGUCAAGCUGGUGGUGCGCUACACUCCCAAGGUGCUGGAGGAGAUGGAGGCCCGCUUUGAGAAGCUGAGGACGGCCCGACGCAGACAGCAGCAGCAGCUCUUAAUACAGCAGCAGCAACAGCAGCAGCAGACACAGUCUGCCCAGCAGAACCACAUGUCGUAGGUUUUUCACCCUGAAGAAAAACUUGAAGGAAUCUCCAAUCAAAUAAAUGACUGGAACGAAGUGUCACAAGAUCAGCACUGUUUGCAGAAGGCUCCCUGGGGGAAACAAAGAAACUGGAGAUAGUUGUAUCUUAUAUUAAUCUGUUUCUGCCCACCUGCUGUGUACCUCUAGUUGUUAGUGGUUGUGAAAUUACAGCUAAAUUGAGCUUAACUGAAUCAAGUACACUGGUGCUCUUUAAAUGAUGCUUUUAAAAAACAACAUCAGAAUGAAAAGAAAAAAGUUAUUUACAUUUUAAAGUAAUGUUUUUCAAUAUUAAAUGGAUUAAUUAACCUUUUCAACAAAUGAAACACCCUUUUGUAUAUGUUUGUGAUAUUACUCCACUGCCCAGGCGGUUGAUUGAUUUCACUUGGUCGAUUUUGCCGGAGUUUAUUUAUUUUUUAUUUCUUAUACUGUAGCGCUUUGGUUGAUGUAUCUCUUAAUAUAAAAGAUGUAAAUAAACAUUAA